AUGUCUUCUCCUGUUGUCAAGCUGAGCAGCGGCUACGAAAUGCCCCUCGUGGGCUUUGGCCUGUGGAAGGUCAACAACGACACCUGCGCGGACCAGGUCUACAGCGCUAUCAAGGCUGGUUACCGCCUGUUCGAUGGUGCCUGUGACUACGGCAAUGAGGUCGAGGUCGGCCAGGGUGUCGCUCGUGCCAUCAAGGAGGGUAUCGUCAAGCGCGAGGACCUCUUCCUCGUCUCCAAGCUGUGGAACAGCUUCCACGACGGCGAGCAAGUCGAGCCCAUCGCCCGCAAGCAGCUGGCCGAUCUGGGUAUCGACUACUUCGACCUGUACAUCGUGCACUUCCCCGUCUCUCUGGACGUGCGCUACCCGCCCAGCUGGCAAAACACCGAGGGCAAGAUCAAGCUCGGCAAGGCCACCAUCCAGGAGACCUGGACCGCCAUGGAGUCCCUGGUCGAGAAGAAGCUGGCCCGCAGCAUCGGCGUCAGCAACUUCAGCCCCCAGCUGCUGAUGGAUCUGCUCCGCUAUGCCCGCAUCCGCCCGGCCACCCUGCAGAUCGAGCACCACCCCUACCUCACCCAGAAGACGCUGGUCAACUACGCCCAGGAGGAGGGCAUCGCCGUCACCGCUUACUCCUCCUUCGGUCCUCUGAGCUUCAUCGAGCUGGAGGUGAAGAAUGCCCAGAAGACCCCCCGCCUGUUCGACCACGCUGCCAUCACUUCCCUCGCCUCCAAGUACAACCGCACUCCCGCCCAGGUGCUGCUGCGCUGGGCUACUCAGCGUGGCGUCGCCGUCAUUCCCAAGAGCAAUGACCCCACUCGCUUGGCUCAGAACCUGCAGGUCACUGACUUUGACCUGGAGGCUGAUGAGAUUGAGUCCAUCAGCGCACUGAACCAGAACCUGCGCUUCAACGACCCUCUCAACUACGGUCUGGGUAUUACCAUCUUCUAA